AACUUAGCUUCUCCCCAGAGUUAGGCGUCUGUCCUGUUGAAAGCUGCGUUUGGAUCUCUGACAUGAAGGAUAUGCUGUCAUUCUGGGAUGUGGUAAUAUAUUUCUCUGCAGAGGAGUGGGAAUACCUGGGUCCUGCUCAGUGGAAAUUAUACAGGGAUGUGACACUGGAGAAUUACAACAACUUUGUUUUUCUGGAUCUUGUUUCCUCUAAGCCAUACCUGGUCAGAUUUCUGGAACAAAUACAAGAGCCUUCAGAUGUGAAGAGUCAAGCAGACAUCUCUAUGUACUCAGGGGGAAAAUGCUAUACGUGUAAAGAAUGUGGCAACAUCUUUGUGGGGAAAGAAGUAUUUCAAAAUCAUCGGAUAAUUCACUUAGGAGGGAAGCCCUACAAGUGUGAAGAGUGUGGCAAGUCCUUCCGUUUUCCAUCAUUGCUUUCUCAACACAAACUAAUUCAUACAGGAGAAAAACCCUACAAGUGUGAAACAUGUAACAGGGCCUUCCAUGAUCCAAUAAAACUUUUUCAACAUAAAAUAAUUCACACAAAAGAAAAACUCUAUAAGUGUGAAGUAUGUGGCAAGGCUUUCAAUUAUUCAUCAAGACUUUUAUACCAUAGGAGAAUUCAUACAGGAGAGAAACCAUACAAGUGUGAAGUAUGUGGAAAGGCCUUCCACUCUUCACCAUUACUUUAUCAACACAUGGGGAUUCAUACAGGAGAUAAACCCUGCAAGUGUGAUGUAUGUGGCAAGGCCUUCCGCUUUCCAUCAUUACUUUUAAAACACAAGAUAUGUCAUACAAACCAAAAACCCUACAAGUGUAAAAUAUGUGGAGAUUUCCUCCGCUGUCAAUCAUCACUUCAUGAACACAAGUUAAUGCAUAAAGGAGAGAAACUCUACAAGUGUGAUAUAUGUGGCAAGGCCUUCGAAUAUCCAUCAAGACUUUCAAAACAUAAGAAAAUUCAUACAAGAGAGAAAUCAUAAAGGUGUGAAGUAUGUGGCAAUGCCUUCCAUUAUCCAUCAAUACUUUCAAACUGUAAGAAAAUUCAUACAAGAAAGAAACCAUACAGUUGUGAAAUGUGUGGCAAAGCCUUUGAUUAUCCAUUAGGACCUUAAAAACUUAAGAAAGUUCAUACAGAAGAGAAUCCCUACAAGUGUGAAGUAUCUGCCAAGGUCUUCAAUUACCAGUGAAGACUUUACAAACAAAACAGAAUUCAUACAAGAGAGAAGUCCUACAAAUAUAAAGAAUGUGGCCUGGCCUUCUAUUGUCCAUAAGUACUUUCUGAAAAGAGAAGCCACACAGGAAAGAAACCCUAAACUUGAUGUGUAUCAGGUAAAUCCUUUAGAACUUUCCAGAUUCUUUCUCCUUAUUUGAUAACUCAUUCUGGAAAGAAAACAUACAAAAGUGAGGAUCGUGGAAAAACCUCUUUUACAAAGUCAAUCCUGUAUCUAGACAAAUUAACUCACAAUGUAGAAAAUAUUUACAAAUGAAAAAAACAUGUCAAAAUGCUCAACAAAUUUAGGGAUCAUCAAAGAAUUCAUUCUGGAAAGAAACCAUACAAAUAUAAAAAAUGUGGCAAAUACUUUUUAAGUUCAUUGCAUGAUCUGAACACAGGAUAAUUCCUAUUGGAGAUAAACACUACACAUGUGAAGAAUGUGGCAAACACUGUAUUACCAGUCUUCUGGUCUCAAACAACAUCAAAGAAUUCAUCUAUGAGAGAAACCAUACAAGUGUGAAGAAUGUGCUAAGGUCUUUUGGACUUAUAGAAACCUCGAGGAAAACUUCACAAUUCAUACUAGACUGAAAUGUCACAAGUGUGAAAAAUAUUGCAAACCCUUCAAUAAGCAUUCUUAUAUUUCUGAAGACAAGUUAGAUUAAACUGGAAUGAAAUAGUACAAAUGUUAAAAUGUUCAUAACAUCUUAAUACUUCUCCAGACCCUAAAGAUUAUCAACAGUUUCAUGCUGAAUCGAAGUCCUAUAAGUUUAGGGGAUUUUGUAAAGGCUUUGGAAUCAUUCAUACUACCAUGCCAAAAUUGGAGCUGUCGGACUAUGUGGUUGUCGUUCUGGAUUUGGGGCUGAUCCUUCCUUUGUCUUUUGUUUCUUCUGUUUUAGAAUUGAAACCCUUGUUCUAUACCAGUAUGUAAAAACUAGUCACUUGUUCUUAUGUUGUAGGAGCUCACAGUCAAGAGAUUGCCUUGAGUCUCAUGUGACACGUGGACUGUGGUCUUUCAUAGUGUUGUAAUUGUUAAAUCCUUUGUGGACCUUUCAAGUUGUAGCCUAUUUUACUUAUGAGGCGAAAGUUAGGUUGGAGAAAGGGCAGGAAUGUUACGAUUUUUGGGUAGAGCUAGCAUAUUGACUUUGAGAAUACAGUAAAUUGCCAAGAAGACCCAAUACACCCAUGUCAGUAUUCCGGGUAUCCACAACAUAGAAAGAGGUAAUUACCUCUGAAGGUUGUCCUCUGACCUUCUUGCAUGGGCCCACACACAAACAUAAAUUUCUGUGCCCAGAAAUGAAUAAAUGUAGAUUACACUUUUGAAAUAACUUUGUGUUUUACAUGGAAAAGUGUAAAGAACUAAUGAUACAAACUCAAUUGUUAGCAGCAUGAGUUCUAGAAUCAUUUGAGUUGCAAGCCUCUUGUUGAUUUGUAGAAUUUAUCUUGAUUAAUUAAAUUGAUUUUAGGAGGUCUGUUGAUUGCAGUUGGAAGCAUCUGUUUGACUUAGAUGCUGCAGUAUCAGAUAAUACUCUGAGACCAACUAUUCAUCCAUCCCCUGCUUCCUCACUGUGGAAGGAACAUGACCAGCUGCUUAUGUUCCUGUUGUUUUAACUUUCUCACCAUGUGUUGUGGUUGGAAUAAGAAUUGCCCCAAGGGCUCAUAGAAUAGAUUUGAAUGGUUAGUUAUCAGGUAAUAACACUGCUGGAAAAGGCUUAAGAAGUGUGACAUCACUGGUGUAAGUGUGUCAUUGGAGGUCAUAUUUGAGAUUUCAAAGGUUCAGACCCAGUGUCCCCCUCUUUUACUGACUAUGGGUCAGUAUGGAUAAUUCUCAGCUACUUCUCAAGCUCCAUGUCUGCCUGCAUUCCAAUGAGCUCCCUAGCUUGCUCCUCACAAUAAUAAUGGACAAACCUCUGAAACUGUUUACAAGCCCCAAUUAAAUGUUUUUUUUAUAAGAGUUGUCCUGGUUUGGUGUCUCUUUGUAGCAGUAGAACACUGAGUAAGACUCCAUGGUUGUGAUGGAUUGUAUGACCUCUGC